UUUAGUUAUUAUUAGAGUUUGGCUAUAUAAAUUAAGCCUCUUUGGUCCUUAGGUUCCCCGUACUGCUACUGUGCCUUACUUUAUCUCAGAAAACAAAGAAAAGAAAAGGUCAUUUCAACCAUGGCUUCCAAUUCGAAGAAGCCCGCUACUGCUGAUGAGAAAUCGGCUUUGAAAACGGAGAGCAAAAGUUCAAAGCCUGAAACAUCCACCACUGAGAAGAAAACUUCAACACCUGAGCCUUCAACUGGGGGUUCACAGCCAGCACAAGCAGGGGCCUUCCCUCCCAACGCUAUGCCUGGUCCUGGGUUUGCCCCACCCAAUCCAUUUGAUUUCUCAGCCAUGAGUGGCCUUCUUAAUGAUCCAAGCAUCAAGGAACUAGCUGAGCAGAUAGCCAAAGAUCCUUCAUUUAAUCAAAUGGCAGAGCAGCUCACUAAAACGUUUCAAGGGGCAGCAGCUGAAGAGACCACGCCGCAGUUUGAUCCACAGCAGUAUUAUUCUACUAUGCAACAGGUUAUGCAGAAUCCCCAGUUUAUGACCAUGGCUGAGCGCCUUGGUAAUGCAUUAAUGCAGGAUCCAGCUAUGUCUACCAUGCUUGACAGUUUGGCUAAUCCUCAACAAAAGGACCAGAUUGAGGAAAGGAUGGCACGUAUUAAAGAAGAUCCAUCUUUGAAGCCUAUUUUGGAAGAAAUAGAAAGUGGUGGUCCCGCAGCAAUGAUGAGGUAUUGGAAUGAUAAAGACGUCCUGCAGAAGUUGGGUGAAGCAAUGGGUCUUGCAGUUACAGGAGAUGCAGCCACUUCUGCUGGUAAUUCCGCGGCAGAUGAAGAGGAUGAAGCAGGAAAUGAGGAUGAGUCAAUUGUACAUCAUUGUGCUAGUGUUGGUGAUGUUGAGGGUCUGAAAACUGCACUAUCCUCUGGUGCUGACAAGGAUGAAGAAGAUUCAGAGGGAAGGACAGCAUUACAUUUUGCAUGUGGGUAUGGCGAGGUGAAAUGCACUCAAAUCCUUCUUGAAGCUGGGGCAAAAGUGGAUGCUCUGGACAAGAAUAAGAACACUGCCCUCCAUUAUGCAGCUGGCUAUGGAAGGAAAGACUGUGUGGCCCUUCUACUCGAGAAUGGUGCUGCUGUCACUCUCCAAAACAUGGACGGCAAGACUCCCAUCGAAGUUGCCAAGCUCAACAACCAGCACGAGGUACUAAAAUUAUUGGAGAAGGAUGCGUUCCUUUGAAGCGUGAAGUGGUGGGGAUGCGAAUGGUAUGUGUAUGUUUGGGUCUUAGCAUGUUUGUUAUAGGCAUUUGAUUUUAUUACCCAGAUAUUGGACAAAGUUGGUUGUAAUCAUGGCUGAACGGCAUGAUAUACUGUCUUUGCUUUGGCCUGGUUGCCUACGUUUUGCAAAUUUUAUUUAGUGGGUUUUUUUUUAAAAAAAAGAAUCAUUUCCUGAAAUAGUUUCUACAUGGAAAUAAUGGGAGUAUGUGGACCAGAGAAAUUUUAUUUAAGAA